CUACUCAUGCAUUGCAAUAGAUUGAGAGCUACUCAUUUCCCAGCAGGAGCAGUAGUUGAUACCUCUGUACUGUUACUGUAUUGCGAUGGACAAGUCUGGUCUUGGAUCCUUAGCUUCUGACCUUGCACACAUUAGCCAUCACAGCUAGGGCUAGGAUGGGCUGAUCCAGUCACUGUCAGUUUAAAUCUUCCUCACAGGACUGUUGUAAGGAUAAAGUGAUUGGAAGUGUAAAAGUGAGAUUGUAUCCAGUGUUAAGGAGCAUGCUUCCACUGAUGUGUAUAAUAAGAUGGUCACCAAUGGUAUUUGGUUUGGUUAAAGCCAUGAAGAAAAUAUGAUGUGUUGCUUGUUUUGACAUCCUGUACUCCUAUAAGAACAAGGAUUCGCUUAAAUGGUGUUUUGUGGAAACGUACCAUUAUCCUAUUUAACGAUGUGGGGAAACGAGGCAGUUGGUAAUGCUAUUGCUCUUUUCCAGUAUAUCAUUUGCUGCUGACAGUGAAGGCAGAAAAAAAUACAAUGAUGGUUUCAUCUCCAUUUGAAUUGCACUUGGUGCAUCUGGAUCUCAAGGGGGCUCCACCCAAGGUCUCAUACCUGGCAGAGGUCUUCCCAUUGCUGCAUGUCUUGGGUGCAAAUGGUAUUCUCCUUGAAUAUGAGGAUAUGUACCCUUACGAUGGAGAACUGAAGCCACUCCGAGCAAAUGAUGCAUACAGUCCCUCUGAGGUUAAAGAGAUUUUAAAGCUGGCAAAGUUGCAUGAUUUAGAGGUUGUCCCCUUAAUACAGACUUUUGGACAUAUGGAGUUUGUUCUGAAGCACAAAGAAUUCUGCCAUCUCCGGGAAGUGGCAAUGUUCCCCAACACAAUGAACCCCCAUAAAGAGGAUUCCUUGAAGUUGGUUAGCACAAUGAUAGAGCAAAUGAUUGCACUGCAUGAUGAUCUCCGAUGGCUUCACAUUGGCUGUGACGAGGUGUAUUACCUUGGUGAAGGGGAAGAGUCCAAGGAAUGGCUGCAGCAAGAAGAAAAUACUGUUGAAAAGUUGUGCCUAGCCCACAUGAAAGCAGUGGCGAGUCGUGUAGUCUCAGCCCAUCCCACAGUGAAGCCAAUUGUGUGGGAUGACAUGCUGAGGAGAAUGAGUGAAGAAACUCUGAGAGAUUCUGGGUUAGCACAACUAACAGAGCUGAUGAUUUGGGAUUACUCUCCUGAUCUUGAUGUGCAGAGUAAAGCAACUCUCAUUGAAAAGUACCAGAAGUGUAACUUCUCAAAAUUCUGGUUUGCUAGUGCCUUUAAAGGAGCCACUGGAGUAAACCAGUGCUUGACACUCAUUGGACAUCAUCUAAAAAACCACGAGCAGUGGCUGAAAGUGGCUGGGAGCAGUCCUGUUGGUACCAUAAGAGGGAUCACUCUGACUGGCUGGCAAAGGUAUGAUCACUUCUCUGUUUUGUGUGAACUUCUGCCUGUGGGAAUUCCAUCCUUAGCCAUAUGUCUCCGGGCAUUAAAGAAUGGUGGCUAUUCAGAAAAGGUGAAAGAAGAUGUAGAAAAAUUACUGGGGCUCUCCCAUUUGGAGAUAGACACCUUCAUGAGUGACAUUACAGGGACUUUCCCAGGAAAUGAAAUUCUCUCACUUGUGACCCAAAUUGCAUUCUACCUCAAACCCUCAGUAGAUGAACUUCUGGAAAACAACAGAUAUGUUACAGGCUGGUUUAGUCCCUAUCACAGAAAAAGAAAGAAGAUCCAUCCCAUAAUGAUUCAUCACUUUCAGCCAGAUGCCCUCAGGCUCCUGACCAAAUGGACUAUUCUGUCACAAGAGUUGCAAACAGCCAUGAAAAAGGUUUUCUACACCUCUGCUGUAGAAGAAUGGAUAGAAGAAAACGUCCAGCCGAGCCUUCAAAGACUUCAAGGAACAGUAGAUGAUCUGAAUUGUGCAAUACAGGCACUGUCAUAGCAUUCUAAUAUAUAUGACUUUGCUAAUUGGAAACCCAACUUACAGCUAGGAUCAAGCAAAUAAAUAAUGGGCGAUGUCCAGAUGAAUUUUAACAAGCUUGGCAUUAUGAUGGUUUGAAGUUAUAACAGAUUUGAGUCUUUUUCCUCUCAUGCUUCUACAAGUUUCUCUGUGUAAAGGUAAACAUGGUAAAACCUGUCUUUUAGGGUUUAUUUAGACUUUCCAAAUAAAAAAAUCGGGCAGACGCUUUAUCUUGUAAAUAAAUCUUAAAAUGUU